AUGGCUGGGAUUCAGAGCAAGGAUAACGAUGAAUUAUGCCAGAAAUAUGUUUUUUUAUCUCAAGCAUCUCAGAAUUUGUCUGAAGAAUUUGCUGAGGCUGCACGACAGCUUAAAAAAGAAGCUCCAAGAAUCCAAUUUGGCAAAAUUGAUGUCACAGACCAACAUGAUUUGAGAAAAGAAUUUAACAUUCGAGAGUUUCCGACUGUGAAAUUUUUUGUGGAUGGCAGCAGGGAAGAUCCCAUAGACUGCAAAGGUAAACUAUCUCAUGCACUGAUACUGAAAGCUGAACUUCUGUUAGAGGUGCAGAUACAUGAGAAUGAAGUCUCUGAUUACAUCUAUAGGGUUGACUUGAAAACAUCAUUUGAACUGGUAAACUUACUUGUCAGGAGUCAGACAGGCCUCAGCCUUUAUUACAUGGGUCAAAGAAGAACAGGACCCAGCACAGUCUUAAUCAACUCUACAGAUCAGGCUGAAGCCAUGAUAAAUGCUGACAAUUUGGCAGUGAUUGGCUUUUUUAAGGAACUUUGCAAUAACAGCAUGGAAGUUUUCUGCGAGACUGCCAAAGAUGUGCCAGAGAUGCCUUUUGGGAUGACAAGCAGAGAGGACGUCUGUGCUAACUAUGGCAUCCAAAAGAACACUCUUGUUGUAUUUAAGAAGACAUCUGUGAAGAUUUUUGAUGUCCCUGUCGAAAAUCACAUCCUGCUGUUCAUCCCAACGAACUCAAAGACUUUCAAUGUGACUUAUGAAAACUACAAGUCUGCUGCUAUGGAAUUUAGAGGGAAGAUAACAUUUGUCUUGGUGAAUACCAACGAAACAAGGAAUGGACGAGUUUUUGAGUAUUUUCGCAUCAGGGACGUUGAUGUUCCCACUGUGAGAAUCCUAAACCUGAAAAGCAAUGCGAAGUACAAAAUGCCUGCAGAUGAGGUGACUGUGGAGAACCUAAGACAUUUUUGCCAGAGCUACCUAGAUGGAAAAGCAAAGUUACACCUCUCCAGUGAAGAAAUCACAGAGGACUGGGACAAGAUGCCAGUCAAAGUGCUUGUUGGGAAGAAUUUCAACAGGAUUGUCUUCAAUAAGACCAUGACUGUGUUUGUCAUGUUUUAUGCCCCUUGGUCCCAUGACUGCAGAAAACUCCUGCCAAUCUGGGAUGAGCUAGGAGAGAAAUAUCAAAAUCGCAAUGACAUAAUCAUCGCAAAGAUAGAUGUCACAGCAAAUGACAUCCUGUCAGUUGUGUUGGAUCGCUAUCCCUUCUUCAGACUGUUUCCUGCUGGAGCUGAUUACCAGGAAAUGGCCUAUGCUGGGGAGCAUACCUUGGAGGCAUUUUCUGAAUUCUUAGAAGAACAAAUCAAGACAAAGGCAGAAACAGGAGAAAAGGAUCCUUCAGGAGGAAUCAAAGAGAAUCUCAGCCAGAAAGAGACUGUAAUAACAGAGAAAGAAGAACUCUAA